AAUAAAAAAAUUAUAUGGAACUCAACUCACUGACCACAAUUUUUAACAGCUUCGUCAUAAACCCUAAUUUUGUUUCCACACCAAAACUUUUUUUUUUUUUUGACGGAUUCUUGAGAGGCUGCACACUCAUCAGUCUCUGCCGCCGCUCGAUGAAUCACUGAUCGGUUGAGUCGGUUUCACAUGUUCUUCCAUGUUCCUUUGUUAGUUUAGGACAGAGGUUUAGAGAUAGUAUCCUCCAUACUCCAUUCGAGAUUCGUUUUCUCGAUUAGAGUAGGCAUGUAUUCUCUGUUACGUUAUGGAAGAAGGUCUCUUGUGUUACACAAAGGGCUUAAUUUGGGAUUUGUUGUGCAAAAGGAAUCUGCUUUUCUCAGUUCCUACUCCUCCUCUGCUAAUGCUCCUGGUGGGAAGUCAAGAGAUAGUCGAAAAGGUAAGAACUUUACAGUCUCUUACCUCGUUACUUCAUUGGGUUUAUCUAAAACCCUCGCGGAAUCAAUCUCAAAGAAAGUUAAUUUCAUGGACAAGACAAAUCCGGAUUCAGUUCUGAGUCUUUUUAGAAGUCAUGGGUUCAUAGAUUCUCAGAUCUCUUUCAUCAUUACUGAUUAUCCAGAAUUGCUUAUGGUAGAUGCUAAGAAUUCACUUGGUCCUAAGCUUAACUCUCUCAAGUCCAGAGGAGCUUCAAGCUCUGAGCUCACUCAGAUUAUUUCUACAGUUCCAAGAAUCUUAGGAAAGAAGUCUAUUAGUGUUUACUAUGAUUCUGUCAAAGACAUUAUAGUAGCUGAUCAAAGUUCUAAUUAUGAGUUCCCACAGGGUCAUCAGGGGAAUAAAAUCCGAAAUGUGUCUGCUUUGAGAGGUUUAGGCAUGCCUCAGAGGUUGUUGUUACCUUUGCUCGUCUCCAAGUCACAGCCUGUGUGUGGGAAAGAAAACUUUGAUGCAUCACUCAAGAAGGUUGUUGAGAUGGGUUUUGAUCCAACUACCUCAAAGUUUGUUCUGGCUUUGCGUAUGCUUUACCAAAUGAGCGAGAAAACGAUUGAAGAGAAAGUUGAAGUCUAUAGAAGUGUAGGUUUUAGCGUUGAUGAUGUAUGGGAAAUUUUCAAGAAGACUCCUUCGGUUUUGAAAGUCUCGAAGAAGAAGAUAUUGAACUCUUUUGAGACGUUUUUAGGGUUAGGAUAUAGCAGAGCUGAGUUUCUGAUGGUGGUCAAGCGUUAUCCUCCUUGCAUUGAAUAUUCUCUAGAGUCGAUUAAAAGGAAGAGUGAGUUUCUGGUGAAGAAGAUGAAUUGGCCACUAAGUUCCUUGGUUUUGCACCCUCAGGUGUUUGGAUACAGCAUGGAGAAGAGGAUUAUACAAAGGUGUAACGUACUCAAAGCUCUCUUGUCGAAAGGACUGCUCAAAAAGGGAAGUGAACUACCUUCAGUGUCCUCUGUUUUGUCAUGUACCGAUGAAAUAUUUAUACACAGAUAUGUGACGAAGCACAACGAGCUGGUGCCUGUGCUGAUGGCUAUCUUCAAUGAAGGUCGCAGUGCUCCAUAGAUCAGAACAGAAGGCACAUCUACAACAAUGAGAAAUACCAAGGUUUGUUCUUAUUCUGUUGUUGUCAGCUUUAGGAUUGUCAAUGAAUAUAUUGAUGUAGCAAUGGGAGGCAAAUGAAAAGCUUUUGUUAAUGUAUCUAUGAAACUCCAAUUUGUACUUUUGUCAUCUCAGUUUGACCUGGAUCCAACCUUUUAAUCUCUUUACAAUUAAGAAGCUUUAGCUGGAAUAAAAGUGGAUCCUGAUUGAAAAUUUGAA